AUGGAGGGAUUACCCCUGUUAGACACGAACUGUCAGUCUGUGCUGCACACAGUGCUGUUUGUGGCCACAUACUUCAUCUGGACUGCUUCAUCCUCUGAAAUCAAUCUUCAAUCACAGUGUGUGGGCAGGUGCAGUGCAGCCUUGGAUCCAUCGUAUCCGCCCGGGCGCCCAGCCUUCGGGCCGGAGACCCUCCAAACCAGCAACUACUCUCUGGUGUUACUGAUUCAGCUCAGCCUGCUCUCAUUCGACCUGUUCGUUAACUCUUUCAGCGAGCUGCUGAGGGCAGAACCGGCUGUCCAGCUGGUGCUUUUCAUUAUACAGGACAUUGCCAUCCUGUUCAACCUGAUCAUCAUUCUGUUGAUGCUGUUUAACACCUUCGUGUUCCAGGUCGGCCUGGUCGCCAUAUUGCUGGAGCGGUUUAGAUCUCUGCUAAUGCUCUCUGCUCUUUAUUUGACCUUCAGUAUCACACUCCACUCUUGGCUCAUGAAUCUGCGUUGGAUAAAUACCAACAGAUUUAUUUGGACGGACGGCCUUCAGGUGCUGUUUGUGUUCCAAAGAACAGCUUCUGUGUUGUACUACUACUUGUACAAGAGGACCUCAGAGUAUCUGGGUGACCCUCGCCUCUAUGAGGACUCACCGUGGCUGCGAGAACUCUUUGCUCAGGUCCGACAGUGA